CCCCAACUCAAAAAGCUUUUGAAACUUGGAGAAAACAAAAGAGCGGGCCAAAAAAGAUAAACAAAAGCAGAAAAAGAAGGCGGAACAGGGCCCCGGUUGGCCUGGUGCUAAGCAUAAUCGGCUGUGUGCAGCUUGUCGCCUCCACCUAGGACUGCUGCCUGCCUCGAUCCAAUAAAGGGAAACAGCGAACGUCGUUCAAUAACACUCGACGUGCAACACAGGCAACACAAGCAACACAAGCAACACAACCCAAAUCACUUCUGGUUACCUGAUUGCCUAUCGUACCUUCCCGAUCUCGGCCGCGGGUGCUACGACUGCAGCCCUCGAAGCGAGUAGUUCUAGGCACCAGCCUUCCGCCGCCACAGAAGCCAAACGGCCAUCCUGGGGCUGGACUGCAGCAUGCAGACUUGGUGAAGCAUCAAAUCACAAAUCACGGCGCCCGUCAUCCCAGCCGCCACCACAACACUACCUGCGCCCGACCCGUGCCGGACAAAGUGCACUUCUGCCCGCCCUGGGUUUCUCCCAUCGUCCGACGGCGGCCUGACGCUGCCUGCACUGCCCUGUGCCCUGCCCUCAUAAUGGACGACGGCUCCUCCCCUCCCGCCGAGCCCGACGAGCUGCGGGACCAGAUUGACCUCCAGCGAGCCAUUGUCGCAUCCCUCAUGGAAUCCUCAGCGUCCGGCGACCUGUCUGGCGCGGAUCCGCAGACGCUGGCCGACGCCGAGGUGCGUCUUGUCACCCUCCAGAGCAAGAUGGAUUUCCUUGACACCGAGGCCCAGCGCCAAGCCCGGGGCAUGCCUGGAACCUGGAGCCCCCAGCUCAAGACGGAAGCCGGCCCGUCGCGCCAGCUGCCGCGCAUGCCGCCGCGGCAGUCUCCGAUAAAGUCGGAGCCGGCAGGCCGGCACCAACCAAAGACUGAGCCGGGUCUCAGCCCAGACCAUCAGAUGGCAGGUCCCAGCAGCUGGGCGACGGCCAUGAUGCCUGAGCACGGCGGACUGCCCUCGCGUGGGCCUAAAAUUGAGCCUGGAUCCUCGAGCCGGACUGCGGGCGAUGCCGGAUCGGCGUCCGCAUCGCAAGAGAUUCAAAGCAUCAUCUCGGCUUUGGAAAAGGCUGUCAAUGAAAAGAGCGCCCAAUUCGACGGUCUCGCUGGCUCUCGUGAAUACAUGGAGUCUAUCAUUGAAGAAAUGGAUUCCGACGUGAAGUUUUUGAUCGCUAUCGAGGAGACCCGUGUUGUUUCGUUGUUGGGGCUUGAAGUCCCUCGGCAUCCUGACAUCGACCGCAUCCUUCAGAGCUUCCAGAGGCGCAAGCUUGCCGCGCAACAUCGUCUUGGUCUGGGCACCUCCCCAGGCUCUACGCCGGGCCCCGGGAGUUACACAACGACGCCCAGCACUGGCUCAGAUUCAUCCCUUGUCUACCAAGCUCAAAGCAGGGCCGGUAGCCGCAAGCGCUCGUUCGGCACCCAUAUCAAAGACGAGCCUGCACCAAAAACCUAUCAGUCCAAGUUCAUGCGCACCUCGGAUGAAACCCCUGGGUUCGCUGAUCCAUUUGAGGCCCUCCCGGACAACAGCAGCGCCCCAGAUCACGACAUCAUCGACCUUACUGUGGACGAUGAUGAGAUCGAUCAACAGAUUCUGCGCCACCGCCAGGCUCUCCACGAGCAGGAUCAUGUCGCAAAGUUUGAGGACGGGGUCCAGCCUUGGGAAGUGCUCCAUAGCCGGGACAUUGUCCCUUCCCAUCAAGACUACCAGCUCCCGGAGUAUGCGUAUGAGUCGAUCCAGCUGGCGAGUAGGCCCGCGCCAGCCUGUGUUCCCUCCCAGGCCAUCUACGGCACACCGUCGAUGCAUAUUCCCGGCGCAUACCCCCACAACUACAUCGACCUUAGCAGCGACGAACCCCAGCCCAUCUCCCUUCACGAGCUGACCCGGCGAGCCAAUAACAUUGACUUUGAGAACGUCAUGAAUGGAAACGGGAAUCCUCUCUAUGACCGCCUGCAAGAUUUCCUGGGCGCGGGUAGCCAUGCCGAGAGAGAGGAGGAACAGAUUCGCAAUCUCUUCAAGUCCUGCCGCCCGGACAUUGAGCUCCAGGAUAGCGAACAGGAGGAUACACCGGAGGCUCUCAAAUUCCCCCUUUUCCCGCAUCAACGCCUGGCACUGAAGUGGAUGAUGGGAAUGGAACAAGACCAGCGGAAGAAGGGAGGCAUCCUGGCCGACGACAUGGGGCUCGGGAAAACGAUCUCGACCUUGUCCCUCAUGGUUGCUCGCCCCGGCCAGGAAGCAGACCUCAAAACCAACCUUAUCAUCGGGCCUGUUGCCCUGGUUAGACAAUGGGAGGCUGAGAUCAAAGCCAAGCUGAAAAACGGCCACAGGAUGCAGGUUUUCCUCCUGCAUGGUCAAAAGCGGCUGCCUUUUGAGAAACUCAAGACGUACGAUGUCGUUCUGACCACGUAUGGGACAAUCGCCGCCGAGUUCAAGCGCAUGGGGAAGUACAGGGAAACGCACCGCAACAAAUCCGAGGGACAGCUCGCAGACGACAAGGUGUUCCAGAAACAGUGCCCAUUGCUCCACAACAAGUCGAGAUUCUGGCGCAUCAUCCUGGACGAGGCCCAGUGCGUCAAGAACCACAACACGCAGGCCGCGAAGGCGGUCCAUGCUCUGCAGGGAGAGCACAGGUGGUGUCUCUCAGGGACCCCGAUGAUGAACGGGGCGCAUGAGCUCUUCUCUCUGUUCCAGUUUCUGCGCAUUGGCCCCUAUGAUAAGCAGAAGCUAUUCAACAAGGCAUUCGGAGCUCUCAAACCAAGCGGCAGAAACUCGACUUAUUCGAGACAAUCUCUUCGAAACAAUGCCCUCAAGCAACUGCAGGUUGUUCUGCAGGCGCUGAUGCUACGCCGAGAGAAGACAUCGCAGAUCAACGGCAAACCAAUCCUCGACCUACCUCCAAAGAUUGAGGAAGUUGUGCACGUCUGCUUUUCUGCCGACGAGACGGCUUUCUACCGCGACCUCGAGACAAGUUCGCAGAACCAGGUGAACAAGUAUAUGAGAGCCGGCACCCUCCGCAAGAACUAUUCCAACGUACUAGUGCUGCUGCUACGUCUGCGCCAGGCCUGUUGUCACCCGAAUCUCAACUUUGAUGUUGAGUAUACUGUCGACAGCGGAGUGUCUGCCGAUCAGAUGUUGGAGCUCGCCAAGAUGUUUGAACAACAUGUCGUCGAUAGGCUGAAGGAGGCAGAGUCCUUCGAAUGCCCUAUCUGCUAUGAUGCGGUGCAGGAUCCCAAGAUCCUGUUUCCCUGCGGGCAUGAACUGUGCGGCGAAUGCCUCUCGCGCCUCGCCAGCAAUUCGGAACAGGACAACAUUCAGGCCGGCGAGGGCGGCUCUGCAUCGACUUUGUGUCCCCAGUGCCGUGGCAGGAUCGACUCCAGAAAGGUUGUCAACUACGGCACUUUCAAGAAGGUCUACAUGCCAGAGAAUGCAGCUGCCGAGGAAGUCUCUGGCGAGCAAGAUGACGACUCGGAUGGCGACUCGGAUGGCGCUUCGGACGACGACAAGUGGAAGCAGCCCUGGGAGUCAGACUCUGACUCUGGAGAAGACAGCGAGACGGACGACGAGGAGGCGGACGACGAGGGCAACCUGAGAGAUUUUGUCGUCGCGGAUGAUGCCAUAUCGGAUGGUGAGGAUGAGGCGGCCGACGAUUCGGACGACGACCUCGAGCCCCGAAAAGCGGAAAAGCCAUCGACAUCUAGAGGCAAGCAGAGGCUUGCCAUCAAGGACUCGGACGAUGAAGACGAGAAAGACUCGGACGACAUGGAUCUGGACCCUUACGCAGGAGCAUCGGCGUCAUCGAAGGGCAAGGGCAAGGCUGUUGAGGGUUCGGGCGACGACAUGGCUGUCACGACAGGUGCUGCGGCCAAGCGAGCUCAGAAUAAGGCUCGUCGGAGAGACGCAAAGACGGCUGCGAAGAGAAAGGCCAAAGCAGACUCGGAAAAGAGAAGCAAGGGCAAGGGAAAGGAGAAGGUCAAGCCGCACCAGCUACAGACACUCCGCAAAGAUGCGUCUCGGAACAAGGCGGCGCGCAACAAGUACAUGAAUUACCUGUACAACAACUGGAUCUCGUCGGCCAAGGUCAGCCGUUGCACCCAACUCCUCAGCGAGAUUCAGGAGCGGGGAGAGAAGACUCUUGUGUUCUCGGUGUGGACUGGGCUGCUCGACCUCUUGGAAGUGGCCAUCAUGAGGGAUCUUGGGCUGCACGUAUGUCGGUACGAUGGAGGCAUGACCCGAGACCAGCGUGACAGCGCGGCCUUCAGUUUUCAGAACAAUCCUCGGUCGACCAUCAUGCUCGUCUCGCUACGCGCAGGCAACGCAGGCCUCAACCUGACGGCGGCGUCGCAGGUCAUCAUCAUGGACCCCUUCUGGAACCCCUUUAUCGAGAUGCAGGCGGUUGACCGGGCACACCGGAUGGGUCAGAUGCGCACCGUCAACGUCCACCGUAUCCUCGUCAAGGGGACUGUCGAGGACCGCAUCUCAGCGCUCCAGGAGCAGAAGCGCUCACUGGUCAAUGCGGCCCUCAAUGAGGGCGAUGCCAAGGACGUGGCUCGUCUUAGCACCAAGGAGCUCAUGUACCUGUUUGGUAUCGGAGACCGCCGUUGAUGGCCGGUUUUCCGGAAGCGGGCCGAACCUGACUGCUCGGUUCUGCCAACACCCGUUGUUUUCCUACUGCUGUUUUCUUUUUUUCUCUGUCGGCAUUCUAUUUUGUUCUGGGCGGCCGUCUUAUCAGGUGCUUGCAGAACAACUCACUUGUUCAUUUUCCAUAUCCUGUCUUAAAUGUCAACCUUGGUGAAGGGAUGGAUGGGGUAACCCGGAUAUUGACGACUGUCGCAAACCUGGAUAUAGCUUUGGUCUUGGCUUGGCAUAUUUGGCGUUUGGUUGUCACUGGCUAACAUGGACUGGCUGCGGUCAGCUUGGUAUGGAGGGAUGGAGUUGAGGUCUGUUGGACUAGAUCUGAGGGGGGCGACUUUUGUCAAGACUAGGUAGGCUGUACCUGGUGUUAAUUCUAUAGCACAUGUCCACAAGACAAGUGAGCGGGAUUGGCCUUGGAGAUUUCUCGCUGCGUUAUCACCAUGCUAGCGUUUCAGGACAAUUCGGGCAAGGCCACUGGCCCGGGCUCUGACCGCAAAACGGUCGACAGACUAGUUCAUCUAUUUGAGUUUAGAGGCAAAGUUUAAGUUUUGUCGGUCACCCCGCAACGAAGUUGCGUCCGAGGAUCUGCUGUGGCAGCUGUCAUCUCAGCUCGCCG